UCAAUCAAAGUAUUAUUUAUGUUUGUCGUCUAUUUACUAUUUACAGUAUUUACAUCAAUUUUCGUUUUCGGAUGAGGAACGAGGAUAUGAAAUUAUCAAAUAAUGUCUUAGAUGAAAGUGAAGAGAAUGGCUUCUUAAACUAAUCCAAUAUAGAGCUGUCCUGUAAAUCAAUAUUUUUAUAAUUUAAAUCAAGUAUUAAUAUACAAGAUCAAAAUAUAUUAAAUAUUCAAGAUAAGAUGAACACGCUUCUUAAACUGAAGAUGUUGCGGGGCAGCGCUUACAAAGAGAAAAUCAAUCGAAGGCAUCUUACUGAUCUAUCAAAUUGUGUAAACUUGCCAGACUCUUAUCUACUUAAGAACUGUCGCAUCAACAGAUUAGUCUUUCAUCACAUACUGAGAAUAUUAGAACCAGUUGUUCCUAAAACUCAGCGAUCGAAUGGUAUACCAUUUCCUUUGAAGGUCCUAGUAACUUUAUCAUUCUUAGCAAGUGGCUCUCACCAGAAGACAGUGGGCAAAGACUUCAGCAUUAACAUAUCACAGAAGUCAGUGAGCCGAGUCAUCAAGAUUGUUGUUGAAGGGUUUAAUAUGGUGCUCAACAACUGCAUUGUAUUCCCCACUACUGUGAUGCAGAGAGACCAAAUUAAGGAAGGGUUUUACAGAAAAUACCAUUUCCCCGAAACAAUAGGCUGUCUGGAUGGUACUUAUGUUGAGAUAGUGUGUCCAAGGGAUGAUGAAGAAGCCUUCUAUGAUAGAAAAGGACAAUAUUCUAUACAUGCACAAAUUAUUUGUGAUGCAGACACAAAUAUAAUAGCUGUAUGCUGUCGUUUUGGCGGAUCGGCGAGCAACGCGUAUAUUUGGAACAAGAUGAACAUAAGACCAUUUAUUGAAAGCAUCAGUCGCCAGGGAGAAAUGAGUUGGCUUAUUGCCGACAGCAAAUACCCACAACGAGCAUGGCUCAUGACGCCUAUAGUACACGCACCACAAGGCACUCCAGAUUCACAGUACAAUCACUUCCAAGGAAGGACUAGGACUUGCAUUGAUAGGUGUAUCUCCAAACUGAAGGGUCGCUGGCAAUGUCUAUACAAGCGGCCGUUACAUUACACGCCACAGCAAGCAGCAAAAAUCAUUAAUGCUUGUGCUGUGCUACAUAAUCUAUGUAUAAAGGCUGGUUUACCAGAUUCAGAACAUUACAUUGACCCAGAACCAAUGCCAGCUGUAAAUGAAGUGACAGAAAUGCCAGAUGAUAAUGUAAAUGAUCUUUAUAUUGGUAUAGAAGUGAGGAGGCAGCUUGCUGAAAGAAUAUAUUAUAGUGUUUGAAUAUAUUCAAUCACAAUUUUAUUGUAACUUGCUCAUGUUCCUAUGCAAAGGAUUGUUUUGAUCAUCAUCUCAUGAUCAGCUAAUGUGAUGUUCCGCCUUAAUUAUGUGUUAAGAA